AUGCAGCCGCUUUUCAAAGCGAUGGCGAUCAUUCUCCUAGCCGAGGAAUUCGAUAUCCGAAUGGUCGGUGUUGGGAAAAUGCCAGCUCUUCUUACCAUCACAGGCGAAGAACGCGGGUUGAGUCGGCCACUAUCUUUCGAUUCUAUCAAGCAUGCAGUAGACAAGGUGAAAUCCGAAACAACGGUCCAAGUACGUUUGAACGUGGCGAUCGAAUUCGUUAUGGCUCAGCAAGAGCGAGAAGUCACAUUCUUUGGCCCGCAACCCGACCCUGUCGAGGCAGCAAAAGAGCUGGAAAGUCGUACCCGCUGCUACAUGCACGAGUUCCGAGAAUUCGCGAAUCAGCUGGGCUGGUCUGGAGAACCUCUUGGGGGCCCAAGUUCGACGUGGCUUGAUCCUGCAAUUCACACAGAAUGGCUCGGAGAGGGUGCAGAUGCAGAUGAGAGGCUUAGAAGCGUGGAGGGUGAUGGCAAAUGGAAAGUCCUUCUUGAGAAUGCCGGGCUAAACCCUAACAUACGCCGAAUUCAACGUCGAAAUAGCGUAUCUUGA